AUGGCGCUGAAGGCGGAGACCCCCUUGACGGACUACUCCGAGGUCUCCUCGGCCAUCUCCCGCUUCAAGGAGAAGGAGAAGUUGGCUGCUGAUUCCCGGAUCCUCCACCGCCCCUCGGCGAAGCAGGAUGGAGCCCUUGUAAACCCCGUGGGCAAAGGAAAACACCCAGUUUCGGAGUCUGCCGGCCGGGAAGAGCUCGCGAUCUCCUGGAAGCAGGAAUAUUUGGUGGCCGAGAAUCCGGACGACGGACGGCUGGUGUGCAUGGUGUGCGGAGGCCUUUUGGUCAACUCCGGCCCGGCGGCAGCCCGCCAACACAUCCUGCAACAACAUGCCCACUCGCUGGACUUCACGCUGGAGGAGAAACACAACAUCCUGGAGGGCUGGAGCGAAGGGGCCGUCCUGCCCGAAAUAGAGUCACCCCCUUCCUCUGCAGGCGGUCCUGGCGAGAACCAGCAGCCUGCCGAGAUCGAAGUCCUCCUUGAUUUGGAGGAACAGCCCGUGAGCCGGAAGCGCGGGCCCGUCCCAGCACGCUGCGCAGAGAGUUCGCACUUAGACGCGGAAAGGCGGCUUCCCGUUCGACAGAGGCCACCGGCCAAGGAUCCGAGGGGUCAGGAGCCCAUCAAGGCCGCAGGAAAGGAGUGGCUUUCGGAAUGCGGGCUUCCCGGUUCGGCCCCUGCAGAAAUCCGGAUUUUCACCGACGGCUCCUUCCCAGCGGGAUUCACCCUGAAGCUGUACUGCCGUUCUCAGCCAGAACCAUCACCAGGCUCCGGAGCUAAGGCAAACCCAAGGAAAAAAACAGUGGAUCGCGACUGCUCCGUCUCCCUCCUGCGGCUUCACUCCAGGGACGCCGCCGGCCGCCUGCACCCAAGCCCGGACACCCUUGCGCCCCCUUGCCCGCUAGGCAGCUCGACCGACCGCUGCCCCAAAGACUGUGGGGCGGUUCCGGGAGCGGGCCGACGGGCGGCCCCUGCCGGCAAGGAGGCCUCCACGCCCCUGGGGAAGGGCUUCAACCCCACCUGGCGCGCCCGCUUCCUGGUGGACUUCGACGCGGCCACCGGCCUCCUGGUGUGCAUGGUGUGCGAGUACCCCUUGCGACGCAUCUGCCUGGCCACCGUCAAGCAACACAUCCUGCAGUGCCACGCCGAGACGCUGCAGAUGCCGCGGGAGGUCCGACGCACCAUCCUGGAAGUCUGGGAGAAUCGGAGCCAGCCCUCCACCCAGGUGCCGAGGAAGUGA